UAUCAACAAAGACUGCGCAGACUCAGAUCUUGUAUUUACACUUAAACCCUGCCUUUAUUUCAGACUCGGCAAAGGAGACUUCAAAGUCAAACGUAUCCUGCUGUACGCCGUGCGGCUGCGGUGCUCCUCAAAUAAAAAUAGUCGACAGGCAUCGCAAAAAAUUUUAACCAAGUUACAGCGCUGUCCAGGCGUUUUGAAUAACGACUAUUAAAGUUAACAAUAAACUAAACAUAUUUUGAUAAGUGACUGCCGGAGUGUUUUUGACACGACGCUUUUAACUUUUUUACAAGGCGGAACAACAGAUACCUCGUUGUCGUUGAACUCACUGUCCCUGACUUCCGCUCUGCCGCCGACGGAUCCCGAUCACCACAAUCCGCACAACAUGAACAAGCUGUGCCGCCAAGUGUCAAUUGAGUCGCCCGGCCCGGGUGCCAAGAACUGCGUCUUCAACUUCUUCGUGCCCAUCGAGGAUACGCCAGCAAUGGGCGCCAGGAUCAGAAUUGUGUGCGCCGGAGCCUGCUACCGUCGUCGCGAUCGGGCCAACUCCAUAACCAGCAUGUCGUCAGUGUCGUCGGAGCUGAGCGACUACUGUCCGUCAGUGAACUCGAUCUCCUCGCCCGCACACCAGGGCAUCCGGGAGGGAUCCUUCUUCCCCGGCUUCGAAGUGGCCGGCGUGAUCGAGUCCCUGGGUUCAGAGAUCACGGAGGCCAACAACCGUGGUCUGCGCAUUGGGCAGCGCGUAAUCGUUUAUCCAUUCGAUGAGACUCCAGCCGGCUAUGCCGAGCUGCUCGUGGUGCCGGAUCUGAAGCACGUGGUGCCGAUCCCCGACAGUCUGCCCAUGGAGGUGGCUGCCAUGCUGCCGACGGGCGCCCUUCUAGCCUGGAACGCCGUCUUCAAGGCCCAGGCGGUGGUCACACAAAUCCUCAGCCAGCGGGCUGCCACAGAGCCGAAGCGGAAGCCCAAGAUCCUCAUCGUGGGCACCGGGGGACUGGCGCUCUGGGCCGUGCGCAUUGCGUCCUAUCACUUUGCCACGUCUGGAGCCGACAACGUGGACAUCACAGUGGCCAGUCUCAGGGACGAGGGCUUCCGCCUGGCCACGGAGAUCAAAAAUGUCAGCGUGGUGCAGUGGAACGAAUGUCUGUACGAGCCACAGCUCAUCGAGCGCACCAAGGACGUGUGUGGUGGAGCCGUGGACGUGGUUAUCGACUUUGGCACAACCUCGAGGAGCCUGCACCGCUCGAUGCACUGCUUGUCCAAGGGCGGCGUGGUCCUGAUCAGCGACGAGGUGGCCGAGAAGCUGCUGCCCAAGUUCUCGCGGCUGUCGGAGCAGUACCAGCAGGAGAUCAUCGCCAUCUCGAACGGCACCGCCGAGCAACUGGCGGAGGUGGUGGAGCUGGUGGCCAGCAAGAAGAUCGAGCCGCCACCGCACUCAGUGUUCCCCUGCGAACAGGCCGCCGAGGUCAUCGCAAAGCUGUGCAACUCCGAGAUCCCCGGACGCGCCAUCCUCCGCUUCCACGACAUAGAGUAGGCAAUCUGGAGGAGCGGACGGGGGAGAGACGGAGAUGUGAUGGCUCCCCAUCAAGGCAUUAACUCAUUCAAUAUGGAUAUCUGUUAGAUGUAUUCAGAAAAACACCCGACAAAACACUGCAACCUGCAACACUCUCGAAGCGGAUUCAAAAUUGUGCUUAUUUUGUAGCCGGACAUUGUUUUGUAACCUUAAUUUUUGGACUGCAGACGACCUCCUCAUUUCAUUGAUUUAGCAUUUUAAGCAAUUUUAGUAUUAUGUACAUAUAGAUUGUGAUUUAUUUUAUUUGUAAGCAAACCCAAACCCAUGAUUUUACUUUUGCAAAGUCACACAUAACAUCACCAUAUUAGCCGGAAUCGAGAUCCGGACAUGCUUCUUCUAUGAUUUUCGAUUACGUAAAAGACCCCAAGCAGAAGCGGAUUACAAAAUAAAUGUUAUACAUACUAUAUACAAAAUUGUUAUGCAUGCGAUGCAAAAUGUUUGAUUCAAUUGCUUGAUGUUUGUACUCAUUACGUACCCAACAUUAUACUCUCUACUCUUAUUCACAAAUAAAAACCAUAAACUAUCAA